AUGUCCGAGGAGAAACUGGAUGCAUCAUUGGACCUGCUCAGGCGGUUGGAUCCAAAGAAUAUCAGUAAAAAUCUAGACAACAUAUGCCGUCUACAGCCUGACCUAGCUGAAGAUUUGCUGUCUUCGGUUGAUACUCCGCUCAAAACAGCACGCUGUGAGGAAUCGGGAAAAACAUACCUAUGCUGCGACUACAACAGAGACGGCGAUUCGUAUAGGUCACCGUGGUCGAACGUUUUCUAUCCAAAGAUCAACGAUGAAGAUGAGGCUCCACAUCCUUCCAGCCAUUUGAGAGAACUUGAGAUCUUCGCUAACAAAUCAUUUGACAUAUAUCGCGAACUAUACUACGAGGGAGGAAUUUCUAGUGUCUACUUUUGGGAUUCUGAGGAAGAGGAUGUGGAUGCCUCGGGCACAAUCGGUUUUGCUGGUGUCGUUCUGCUGAAGAAAACCAUUGAUACAGUUAAUCCGAAAGAUGGAGGAUCGUGGGACUCGAUCCAUGUUUUUGAGGUUCUUCCGGGCGCAAACCAGAAGGCAACAUAUAAGGUGACAUCUACUGUGAUCUUAGACAUUUCCAACUCCGACGACCUGAAUAUCUAUCUAAGUGGAAAUCUCACCAGACAAACUUCGAAAGAAUUGCAAUUCAAAGACUCUGCUUCUCACGUCUCGAACCUGGGUUCGCUAGUGGAAGAUAUCGAAAGCAGACUGAGGAACCUGCUCCAAGAAGUCUACUUUGGAAAAACGAAAGACAUUUUGGGCGAUAUUCGCUCUCUUGACCCGCUGGAGUCCAAAUCAAACGAAAGAGAGAAGCAGGCAGAGCUCAUCAACAACCUUAAGAACAUGUAG